AUGGUUCGAUUGUUCCUUCCCUUCGCUUUCCCUUUCUUCCCUUUCCGCCCGCGCCUUCUUCGUCAGGUUGCUAAUCUCCUGGGGGGCUCCUUCUUUCGACCGGCUGUCGCGCUAGGCCAGAUCGGGCUCUGGCUCCGUCCCAUUGGCUGCAGCGUUAUUAAACUUGUCCAUUCCGCCGAUGGGUCGACCUGCAGCGCCCACCCACCCAUCCACGAUGCACCACCAUUCAUUCGGUUGCCCAUUCACAACUUCAUCUCUUCUGCACUGCUUACGCUGCCUGCCGGCACAAUCGCCAUCCUCUGUGCUCGCUCUACCAUGGCACAUCAUCCGCCACCUCCCGUAGAUCCCCACUACACGCGCUCCCUGCCCAAAAUCGAGCUUCAUGCGCAUUUGACUGGUAGCAUCACUCGACAGUGCUUACACCAGAUAUGGAACACAAAAAAAUCCCGCGACCCUGCAUAUGCUUUGCUGGACCCUCUUGUCGCCAUGCUGCCGGAAUACGACAUCAACACCUUCUUCCCCUUGUUUUCCACCUACACCUAUAAGCUUUGCAAUGAUCUCUACAGCAUAGAAUACUCCACCAAGGCCGUGCUCCAAGAUUUUCAGCAAGAUGGCGUGGUUUAUCUUGAGCUCCGGACCACGCCGAGGGCCGUUCCUGAAGCUGCUAUAACCAAGAGUGAUUAUGUCAAGAGUAUCCUCACCAUCCUUCAAAACCACAACACCAGCCCUGAGAAUACUAUGAGAGCGUACCUGACAUUAUCUGUCGAUCGACGUAAUUCGCCCGCCGAAGCAGAAGAAGUCGUCGACCUUGCGCUUCAAUUCCAGUCCGCAGGUGUGGUAGGGCUGGAUCUGUGUGGUGAUUGCGCAAAGGGAGAUGCCCGCACUUUUUCCAAGGCCUUUGCCCGCGCAAAAGCUGCAGGGCUCAAGGUAACGCUGCACUUUGCAGAGGUUGAAGCAUCCGCUACCGAUUUAGAACUCGAAACUCUUCUGUCUUUCCAACCCGAUCGCUUGGGCCAUGUCAUCCAAGUCAAAGACAUAUUCAAAGAGCAGAUUGAGAAAAACGGCAUUGGCAUCGAGCUUUGUCUGAGCUGCAAUGUACAGGCCAAGAUGAUCAAGGGUUCUUAUCCAGAUCAUCACUUUGGAACUUGGCGACAUAGUAGUGUUCCUCUUGCUUUGAGUACAGACGAUGUGGGUGUCUUUGGUAGCCCCUUAUCCCAGGAAUACUUUCUGGCAGCUACUCACUUUGGACUCGAUCGUGGUCAGCUCAAGGCGUUGGCAGAAAGGCCAAUUCCUUGUAUCUUUGGGGGAGAGGAUGAACAAGCACGACUUCGCAAUUUGUUCUCACAGUUUAGUCAUGUAUGA